UUUUAUCAAUUACUUUGAAUAGUUGUAUUCGGUAGGUAGUUAAUAGAAAAAAUCCGUAGAUAUGAAAAUUAGCGUGAUAGGUGCGUUAUGUGUUCUUAAUUUUGUUUUUGGGGAGGAAACAUUUUUAAAUUUAGAUGGCAAAUGGGACGAAUUCAAGAAGAAAUUCAAUAAAACAUACAUUGGACCUCAUGAUACACAAAAAAGGCAAGCUUGGGAAGAUAAUCUAAAGAAAAUACACAAGCACAAUGAAGAGGCAGCCAAAGGACUACACUCCUACACACUCAAGGAUAAUCACCUGAGUGAUAUGAGUAACCCUAUUUACCUCCAACGUAUGACAAAACUGACAAGAAGCUACCAUAGGAAGCUUCCAGAUUCAGAAACAGUUGGUGAUGUAUACGAACAUAUUCAUCACUUACCGGAAGAAGUUGAUUGGCGAGCUGCAGGAUUCAAGACGCCAAGCUUCAAUCAGAAAGACUGCGGCUCCUGCUAUGCCUUCAGUAUCGCUGGUGUUAUACAAGCUCAAGUUUUCAAGGAAACUGGUAAACUGAUAACCUUGAGUGAACAGCAAAUUGUCGACUGUAGUGUUAAGUUUGGAAAUUUUGGUUGUGGUGGUGGAUCACUCAGGAAUACUUUGAGGUAUUUGGAACAUGCUGGGGGGCUGAUGACAUACGAUGAGUAUCCAUAUACAGCUAAGCAACAGAAAUGUAAAUUUCACCCUCAGUACGCAAUCGUUAACACUAGCUCCUGGGCCAUAUUACCCGCUAGAGAUGAAAGAGCACUAGAAGCAGCUAUAGCAAAAAUUGGUCCAGUAGCAGCCUCAAUUAAUGCGAGUCCUCAUACUUUUCAGCUUUAUCAUAAAGGAGUGUACGAUGAUAUAAGCUGUUCUUCGAAUACAGUUAAUCAUGCAAUGCUUAUUGUUGGUUAUACGAAAGAUGCCUGGAUUUUGAAGAAUUGGUGGGGUAGCCAUUGGGGUGAAAAUGGAUAUAUGAAGCUCAGAAGACGUAAAAAUAGAUGUGGAGUGGCGAAUUAUGCUGCAUACGCUUUAGUUUAAUAAAGAAAUUCACAUAAAAUGACUUUGAUUUCAAA